GAACUCCUAGGACUUCCGUCCAGGGAGAGUGAGGUUGCUGGUGUCUCUUCCGUGGGGCGGGCUUGUUAGUUCCGCGUCUUGGUAGCCUUUCCAAAUAUUCUGGAUCUAUGCAUGGGAUACUCAAUUACCUGGCAGUGGACUUAGGGGAAAAGAAUCCUCGGCGGAGAGUGCAGCGUGACCUCAGAAAGAACUAUAGGACGUAGGAGUGACUGCUGGGCUACUAACUGCAAAGCUCCACACUCUCAGAACUCGCUCAGACAAUUCUGACCUCCUAGAACCUGUAUAACUCAGGACUGUGCCCAUUCCUAGGCAUAGGAGGAAACAUGACCACAUUCAAGGAGGCAGUGACCUUCACGGAUGUGGCUGUGACCUUCACGGAGGAGGAGUUGGGGCUGCUGGACUUGGCCCAGAAGAAGCUGUACCAGGAUGUGAUGCUGGAGAACUUCCGGAAUCUGGUCUCAGUGGGGUGUUACCGCUUCAGAUAUCACAUAUUCCACUUAGAAGAGGAAAAAAGGCUUUGGGUGGUGAAGACAGCAACUCAAAGAGAAGGGAAGUCAGAAGAAAAGAUCCAAAGUGAGAUGGAGACUAUUUCAGAAGUAGGACCACAUGAAGAGCUUUCCUGCUGGCAGAUCUGGCAAUACAUUGCAAGUGACUUAACCAGGUGUCAAGACUCCAUGAUAGAACAUUUUGAAUUCCACCAACAUGACUCCCCUGGCCAGAAUAGGGCCAGACUAUCUGUAAUUCACACUGGCCAGACACCUCCUCAGUGUAAUGAAUGUACAAAAUCUUUUGGUGAUCUCUCCAACUUUGAUCUUCAUCAACAAAUACACUCAGGAGAGAAGUCUCAUACAUGUUGUGAGUGUGGAAAAAGCUUCUGUUACAGCUCAGCACUUCACAUUCAUCAGAGAGUUCACUCGGGAGAGAAACGCUAUAAGUGUGAUGAGUGUGGCAAGGAAUUCAGCCAGAGUUCACAGCUGCAAAUUCAUCAGAAAGUCCACACUGUAGAGAAGCCAUUCAGAUGUGAGCAAUGUGGGAAAGGCUUCAGUCGUAGAUCAACACUUACUGUUCAUUGUAAAUUACACACGGGAGAGAAACCUCACAAUUGUGACAAAUGUGGACGGGCCUUCAUUCAUGCUUCACAUCUUCAGGAACAUCAGAGAAUCCACAUUGGGGAGAAACCAUUCAAAUGUGAUAUAUGUGGUAACUUCCACCGGAGAUCAGCACUUAACAGUCAUUGUAUGGUUCACACUGGAGAGAAACUAAAAUGUGAGGAGUGUGGGAAGUGUUUCAUUUGUGGCUCAAAUCUGCAUAUCCACCAGAGGGUCCACACAGGAGAGAAACCUUAUAAAUGUGAGGAGUGUGGGAAAUGCUUCAUUCAACCUUCACAAUUUCAGGCCCAUCGGAGAAUUCACACGGGAGAGAAACCAUAUGUAUGUAAAGUGUGUGGUAAGGGCUUCAUUUACAGUUCAAGUUUUCAAGCCCAUCAGGGAGUCCACACAGGAGAGAAACCAUACAGAUGCGAUGAGUGUGGGAAGAACUUCAGGAUGAAAAUCCAUUAUCAAGUUCAUCUAGUCGUCCACACAGGAGAAAAACCCUAUAAAUGUAAGGUAUGUGGGAAAGGCUUUCGUCAGAGUUCAUAUCUUAAAAUCCAUCAGAAGGCCCACAGUGUAGAGAAACCCUACAAGUGCAAGGAGUGUGGGCAGGGCUUCAAUCAGAAUUCACGACUUCAGAUCCACCAGCUGAUCCAUACUGGUGAGAAACCAUACAAAUGUGAAGAGUGUGGGAAGGGAUUUAGUCGUAGAGCCGAUCUUAAAAUUCACUGCAGAAUCCACACUGGAGAGAAACCGUACAAUUGUGAGGAGUGUGGAAAAGUCUUUAGUCAAGCAUCUCAUCUUCUGACCCACCAGAGAGUCCACAGUGGAGAAAAGCCAUUCAAAUGUGAGGAAUGUAGCAAGAGCUUCAGUCGGAGUUCACACCUUCAAGCCCACCAAAAAGUCCACAUUGGAGAAAAGCCAUACAAAUGUGAGGAGUGUGGGAAGGGCUUUAAGUGGAGCCUGAACCUCGACAUGCAUCAGAGGGUCCACACGGGAGAGAAACCAUAUAAGUGUGGGGAGUGUGGGAAGCACUUCAGUCAGGCCUUAAGUCUUCAGCUUCAUCAGAGUGUCCACACUGGAGAGAAGCCCUACAGAUGUGAUGUGUGUAGUAAAGUCUUCAGUCGGUCUUCACAGCUUCAGUAUCACAGGCGAGUUCACACAGGGGAGAAACCUUACAGGUGUGACGUGUGUGGUAAGAGCUUCAGUUGGCGCUCCAAUCUUGUAAGUCAUCACAAAAUUCAUACUGGAGAAUAUGAAAGUGAUGAGAGUGGUAAGAACAUCAAGGAACUGUCAGAGGAAAGAAGUUCCACAAAAUGAUUGUUUCAAAAAACUCAUGUGCAACCCUGAGUUCUUGCAAGUGUCAAGUCUCAUAGGAGGGAAGGCAUUGGGUGUCGAACCAGUAGCUGGGCAUAUCCCAGUGUUCACCAGACCACACAGCAGAAACCUCCUUUGAGUGGUACAGUAAGGGUUGCAUUCAGAACUUUGACAUUUGUUAGAUACCACUUAGGGCGAUAGCACUUAAAGAGGAAGAGUUUGGUCUUGCCUUUAGUGAAAGUGUAAGGAUGGGCUUGUCAAAACUGAUGUCCAAGAGAAUGUGAGCUCCAUGAGGGCAGGGACUUGGAUGUUGAAUCUACACAACCUUAACAUCAACUCUUGCUUGUAGGUGUGCUCAGUUCAUGUAUGUUAAAUAAACCAAAAGGGGGAAAUGUACACUAUUUGAAAAUUGUUUCAGAGGAGGAAAGCUACCAAGUAAAAUUAAUUCAGGAAGUGAUCAUUCGUUGAAGUACAGAAAACCACUUGAUAUUAUAAUCUGCAGUAUUAAUAUGAUAUGAGCCUAUUGCAACUGGCUCCUUGCCUCCCACAGCCUCUGUUCUCAAGUAGGGUUAUUGUCUGAGGCCCUGUCUAGUUUUCCAAGGAUUGAGUCUAAUAUAAAAUUGAACUGUCUUUUGAUUUUUUUUCUGACAGUACAAACUGAAAAUGUUACUAACUUUGCAACAAUAGGUAACUGUACAAUUGAUUUUUUGUGAGUCACUCAAUGUUAAGGCAGGAUUUGCUGUAACAUUUUGAAAAUGUCACAAAAAUUGUCACUAGAAAAAAUUUUAUUGGUCGACCUUGAAGUUACUGAUUUCUAAUUCCUUUCAUUUUUAUCCAGACUUUGAAAUGUUUGCUUACUAAAUACUGUAGCUUUUCUUCUGUCAAAACUUGUCAGUUAGGGGCUAUGCCAUAUUCUUCACACACAUCCAUGAGGAAAAUACCCAGGAAACUUGUAGGAAUUUGACAAAAUUAUUAAAUGUAUUAUUGAGGCAAGACUGACAUUUAUGUCCUUUGACCUAUUGGUAGCAGUAAAGCAUGGUUUUGGGAAAGGAGUAGUUAUCAGUAUAUAGGUUAUACAUCUCUUUGAUCUAAAAAUCAUAUAAUUGAAUGCUUUUGAUUAUGAAGUUAAAAUAUGAGAAAGAUAAGCACUGCAUCAAUGAUGUCACUGAAGUUUUUUUAAUGGAAAUAAGUGUACAGCUAUAGGAAUUUGAGUUUUGCUAUAUUUGUAUAUUAAUCUGAAGACAUUAAAAUUCUGGCAAAUAUAAUGGCAAAA